AUGGAGUCUAUGCCGAAAUUCAGAAUUCUUUGUCUUCAUGGUUACCAACAAAAUGCGGCAGUUUUCCGAGAGAAAUCAGGCAGCUUCCGGCGCCCCAUGAAGAAGUACGCCGAUUUCGUUUUUAUGAAUGCUCCGCAUGAGGUUGAAUGGGAACAUAUUUCACAAACUGCAAGUGAUACUAUAUCAGCAAGUGUAGCACCGAUAGAUUGUCGAGGAUGGUGGUAUGUCUCGGAACGUUUUCAUACCAGGAACGUGAAAGAUCAUGAGGGCUUCGAGGAAUCUGUGCAAGCAGUUGUCAACUUUGCUCAGAAGGAAGGGCCUUUUGAUGGAAUACUUGGUUUCAGUCAAGGUGCAACCUUAGCUUUCUUAUUAUCUUCUUUGAAACAAAAAGGAGAUGUGAAUAUCGAUUUUAGAUUUCUAAUUCUGAUAUCCGGAUUCCCGAGCAGAAAUCUUGAUCAUCAGGGAUUGAACGAGAUGGCUCGACCAAAUCUUCCAUGCCUUCAUGUAUUCGGCGAAACUGAUAAAGUCGUCUCUCAUGAACUAAGUGCAGAGCUUGUGAAACUUUUCGACAAAGAUAUGGUUGUUGCAGUUAAACAUCCAGGUGGACAUAUGAUGCCUAAUAUGUCCAAAUAUAAGACGGUGAUUGAUAAAUUCUUUGGAAUAGUCAAAAGUGUUGAUAGCAUUUAA